AUGGAACCCCCGAGCACUUCUGCAACGGAGAACACACCCCUUCUUGGACCUAAGUCUCCUCUACCUUCAACGCCCACAGAAGAUGACGACAUUGACAAUGGUAGCGACCGCUUAACACCACCUGACGGCCCCUCUGCAGCACGACUCCUUCUUGUGCUGUCUGGUGUGUACGUGAGUGCCUUUCUUGUGGCUCUCGACUCGACUCUCGUUGCCACACUCGCAUCCCCUAUCUCCACUAGUUUCUCCUCGCUCUCGUUAUUAUCAUGGCUGGCAUCCGCCUUCUUUGUUGCCAAUGCAGCGUCGCAACCCCUCGCUGGUCGCCUAACGGAGAUUUACGGCCGACGGGCGGGCAUGAUCUUUGCCAAUGUCGUCUUUGGAAUCGGAAACCUCAUGUGUGCUAUGGCGAAGAGUGAAAAUACUAUGAUCGCAGGCAGAGUGGUUGCGGGUCUAGGCGGAGGAGUUAUUGGCCCAACUGCUGUCUUCAUCAUGAGUGACCUUAUCCCUCUGAGAAGGCGAAGCAUGUGGCAAGGAACAGCGAACAUAUGCUUCGGGAUUGGGAGCAGUAUCGGAGGGCCUCUUGGAGGUUGGAUUGACGAUCAAUUUGGCUGGAGAGCGGCAUUCUUGAUACAAACGCCACUGACGCUUCUGGCAAUCGUGUUAUCAUUGCUAUUUAUCAAAGUUCCAGAAAGCUCGGGACUUGCAAAGUGGAAGAGGAUUGAUUUCACUGGUGCAUUCCUCCUUGUCGCGACACUGGUUGCUUUUCUCCUUGCACUUACAACCGGCGAUUGGACCUCACCUCUUGUCCUCACUGCGCUCCCAGUAUCUGUCGUCCUCGGACUAGCGUUUAUCUAUUUUGAACGCUUUCAUGCUGAGCCCAUCAUCCCUGUCACUCUCUUGCUCAACCGCACGAUACUUGCCGCAUGUCUCACAAACUGGUUUGCUACUAUGGCACGCUUUGGAGUCAUUUUCUACUUGCCUCUCUACUUCCUCGUACAGGGACAUUCUGUAACAGCGACUGGGCUAUGUCUGGUACCCGAGAGUGUCGCAAUUGGAAUCACGGGUUUUGCUGUUGGACUGAUCAUACGCCUAACUGGACGUUACUAUCUCCUCAACGCGGCUGUUUCCAGUGUUUUCCUGCUCAGCUUAGCCAUCACGGCGACUUUGUCUGCAUCCACGACAUCUUGGCUACCUUUCAUAUCUAUGUUCCUGCUCGGUGUAGGAUAUGUUGGACAGCUCACUACAACGCUGUUGGCCGCUCUUGCAGCUAUCGACCAUCACCAUCAUGCUGUGAUCACAAGCGCAAGCUAUGCAUUUCGCAGUACGGGGAGCACAAUCGGUAUCGCCGUUGCCAAUACUGUGCUGCAAACUAGAUUGAAUGACGAGUUAAAUAGAAGGCUUGGUGGGAGGGAAGGUGCGGAAGAGGUAAUUCGCAGGGUUCAAAGUAGUAUUGACGCAAUCAAGGACCUCCCUGAAGAAUGGAGGAUUGAGGUUGUCGCAGCUUAUAUGGCAAGUUUGCAGGUAGUGUUUGUUGUUCUUCUCGGCUUGGGGGUUCUCGCUACCAUUUGUAGUUUGCUCGUUAAAGAGCAUAAGUUGUAUAAGACAAUGGAUAGAACAGACGAAGAUGAGGAUCAGAGUAUCAGUCAUUCAAUAAUUAUAAAAUAG